CAUUUUCAUUCUUCGUUUGUGCGAAAACUCACCGCGGCCCGUAUCACGAAAUUCGCCAACCAAAUCAGGCCCGAUUUCCAGCCCGAACACUUCCCAUUCCUAUCUGUCAGUUAACCCGGCCCGUUUAGAAGCCGGGCCAACCCAAUUGCUCGCCAUUUGCAGAUCUAUCAUAAACUGAAGCAAUUUCGUGAUUUGAUCAUUAUACGCGUUGGUAGAUUCUGUGAAGAUAUUGAUACGUCUUUUUUGUUUUAAUGGCGACGAGGAAUCGGACGAUUCUGUUUAGAAGGUAUAGGGAUGCGUUGAAGAGCGUAAGGGUUCCGGCGGGCUCGUCGCCCUCCAGCUCCGGCGGAAGAGCGGUGAUCGAGCUCUCGACGGCGUCGUUGCUUAACCCUAACCGAUCUUACACUCCUCUUAGCACUGAAGAUCCCGGAACCUCCAGCAGGGGAACAGUUGCAGUAGGUUUACCACCAGCUUGGGUGGAUGUAUCUGAAGAAAUAGCGACUAACAUACAACGUGUGAGAGGGAAGAUGGCUGAGUUAUCAAAGGCUCAUGCCAAGGCUUUAAUGCCUUCAUUUGGGGAUGGUAAAGAGGAUCAACGCCAAAUUGAGGCACUAACACAAGAGAUAACUGAUCUUUUAAAAAAAUCAGAAAAAAGAUUACAAAGACUCUCUACUGGUGGGCCUUCAGAGGAUUCAAAUAUCAGGAAAAAUGUCCAGCGGUCAUUAGCUACCGACCUUCAGACCCUCUCAAUGGAGCUACGCAAGAAACAGUCAACAUAUUUGAAACGGCUUCGGCAGCAGAAAGAGGGUUCUGAUGGGGUUGACUUGGAAAUGAAUUUAAAUGGCAGCAAGUCGACAAGGGAUGAUGAUGAUGAUAUGGAUGACAUAGGAUUCAGUGAACAUCAAAUGGCCAGACUAAAGAAAAGUGAAGCAUUCACUGCAGAAAGGGAGAGAGAAAUUCAACAGGUGGUGGAAUCAGUCAAUGAACUAGCUCAAAUUAUGAAGGAUUUGUCAGUUUUAGUCAUUGAUCAGGGGACUAUUGUUGACAGGAUCGAUUACAAUAUUACAAAUGUUGCAGCCUCAGUUGAAGAUGGUUUGAAACAACUUCAGAAGGCAGAGAGAAGUCAAAAACAAGGUGGCAUGGUUAUGUGUGCGACAAUUCUUAUUAUUAUGUGCUUCGUGAUGCUAGUACUCUUAGUUUUGAAGGAGAUCAUCUUCUAAGGUAUGAUAAUCUGGUAUGGUUAUAGUCUCAUCCCAAUGAGUCGGAUUUCCAAGUUUUCCCAGUCACCGACAACCUUAUCUUACUAUAUGUCAGAAAAAAGUCGCAGUUUAUUCGUGCUCGUGCUUUCUUUCUUCCCUGUAGCAUUUCCGGCAUCAUGUAUAGUCUCGAGGAUUUCAUAAUUCAUUCUUCUCUUCUUUCCAUCUUUUUUUAGGAGGAUAUCAUUGUAGUUGUUUUGAGUAGACGGCCUCAAAUCUUCUGUUGUAAGGAUUCAUUCUUCAAUUGGGGAAUACAAAUAUUUGACAUUCGAUGCA